GAGCAACCGUAGAACAGGAUUUCUUCUGUGAUUGAAAAUGAAGUGUGAUCCAGCUCGGCGAUGAGGCAGCUUUCGCUUUCAAAGAUCCUUAAAUAACUCAGGCAGGAAAUCCUUGCUUUUUCUCUCUCGAAAUUACUUUUGAACAAGAGUGUGUAUCUUGAGUCUUAAACUGUCUUAAAAGUGUGUAUUUCUAAGUCGCUCUGGUUCUCAUAGUUCGCCGCCCCCGUUUUGUUUGUGAGCCGUUUCAGUCCCUCGCUCCAUCCCGGGCCUGUUGCCCGUCUGGCUGCCGCUGGUCUCUGCCCAGGUCCCUGCUCACCCGCUCCUUGCCCUCCGCUCCCCGGCCCUGCUGAGAGGGAUGGGCGGCCUCUUCGCUCGCUUGCCUUUCAUUCUCCUCUAGUGGCAGUGGAGGUGGUUUGCUUUUAGCCCACAGUCUCCCAAAGUUGUUUUUGUGUGUGUCUUGGGUUUGGGGGGCCAGGCUCAAGGUAUGCCAGCGUUCCUGGGCCAGGGAUCAAACCCACACCACAGCAGCAUCCUGAGCCACAGUCGGGACAAUGCAGGAGCCUUAACCCGCCAAGCCACCAAGGGACUCCUUGAUGUCCUGCCGUUAGCUAAGCUUGGUCUGGAGUCCGUUUCUGCGUCCCUUGGUCUCAGCCGCCUUUGGUUUCCGCUGCCGAGCGAGCUGCCGGCUGGUCGCUUUGCUUCGUCUGGUCUUGACCUCGCCGUCUCGUCCCGAAAAGUGACAGCGCCUCUCCUUCAGUCGCCUGGCGUCGCCGCGUACAGUUCACCUCUUCCGUUGGUCGUCAGAGGCCUCGGCGGGAGUGUUGGGUACUCUCUUCGGAACUUGCGGGUUUCUGCAUUUCUUUCUCAGGUGUUGGAUCCCAGAACGCGAAUGAUCCUGUUCAAGAUGUUGACGAGAGGCGUCAUAGCGGAGAUCCACGGCUGCAUCAGCACCGGGAAGGAGGCUAAUGUUUACCAUGCUCGCACAGCAAGUGGAGAGAGCAGAGCCAUCAAAAUUUAUAAAACUUCUAUUUUGGUGUUCAAAGACCGGGAUAAGUAUGUAAGUGGCGAAUUCAGAUUUCGUCAUGGGUACUGUAAAGGCAAUCCCAGGAAAAUGGUGAAAACUUGGGCGGAAAAAGAGAUGAGGAACCUCAUCAGGCUAAGCACGGCGCAGAUCCCAUGCCCGGAGCCUGUCCUGCUAAGAAGCCAUGUGCUGGUCAUGGGUUUCAUUGGAAGAGGCGACACGCCAGCACCACUGUUGAAAAAUGUCCAGUUAUCGGAAUCCAAGGCUCGCGAGCUAUACGUGCAGGUGAUCGAGUACAUGAGGAGGAUGUACCAGGACGCCAGGCUUGUGCACGCGGAUCUCAGCGAGUUCAACCUGCUGUACCAGGGCGGAGGCGUGUACAUCAUUGACGUUUCCCAGUCUGUGGAGCACGACCACCCGCACGCCUUGGAGUUCUUGAGAAAGGACUGUGCCAACGUCAACGAUUUCUUUCUGAAGCACGGGGUGGCUGUGAUGACCGUGCGGGAGCUCUUUGAAUUUGUCACCGAUCCAUCAAUUACACAUGAGAACGUGGACGCUUAUCUCUCAAAGGCCAUGGAAAUAGCAUCUCAAAGGACCAAGGAAGAAAAGUCCAGCCAAGAGCACGUGGAUGAAGAGGUGUUUAAGCGAGCCUACAUCCCUCGCACCUUGAAUGACGUGAAACAGUACGAGAGGGAUGUGGACAUGAUGAUGGCGUUGAAGGAGGAGGACUUGGCCUUGAACGCCCAGCAGGACAGCAUCCUGUACCAGACGGUCACGGGGCUGAAGAAGGAUCUGUCCGGAGUCCAGAAGGUCCCUGCCCUCCUGGAAGAUCAAGUGAAGGAGAAGAGUUGUUCGGACUCAGAAGACACCGGGAGCUCUGCGUGUUCUGACACGGACUCGGAAGAGCGGGGAGGCCAGGCCAACUCCAGGAAGCCUACCACUGACCUUGAAGUUGAUAAAAAGGAAAGAAAAAAGAUGGUCAAGGAAGCCCAGAGAGAGAAAAGAAAAAACAAAAUUCCUAAACAUGUGAAAAAAAGAAAGGAGAAGACAGCCAAGACGAAAAAGGGCAAAUAGAACCGGAACUGUAGUAAGUAAUUUUCCAUCCGUGACUUCUCUCGCCAGCGCCCUAAGCCGUGUCUGGAAGAUGGGCUUAACCGAAUGGUUACCACGGCAGUGCCUGUGAAGACGGAUUCAUAUUUCUGUGUAAUUAUGUAAAAAGCUCUGAGUUCUACUGUCUAGAUCCAGUCCCUGGCUCUGCGUGGUAUGGACAGAGGAUUCUUUUAAGCUACUAUUUUAAUGAAGAACUUGAUGCAAUUUUGUUUUUAUAUAUUUUUUCUCUUGCAGUGUGGUUUUUGAAGCAUCAUAACUGUUUAAAUGUAUUGAGCAUUUAAAUGUCAGUGUAAUGGACAUUUGUUUGUACAUAUGCCAGAGACCCGUCUGCAGUCAUGUGAUUAUAAGGCCAUUUGAUGAUAAGGUUUCUAUAAAAGGGAGUUUCACUUUUAUGGAGAAGUCA